AUGAAGUCCGUGCUUCUCCUUCUAUUUGCCGCCACCGCCUGGAGCCGCGUGCCGCUGGCAUCUCGGCAGGAUUACCGCAAGAAUUGGCGACCAACUGCUACACAAUGCUCGAUGGGGGAUAUCGAGUCAUGCGGCACAGACGUUUAUUGCUUUUUCUACACCAGACGCCUAGACGGCGGACCCAUGUACGAGAACGAUGGCAGGUAUCACAGCCGAAAGUCUUGCCUGGAGAGCUACAAGCCAAACCCAGAGGGCCCGCCCAAGAGGGAGCUCAAGGUCUUUCAGUUUCCCCUCAAGGGCUGCGAUGAAUUCCGAUGCGACGCGACGAAUUUUCACAAGAGCUUUGAAUGGAGAUGCGGCACGCCCAAGUACUGCACGCUUUUCAACAACGCCACGGUGCUCGAGAACCCGGACGUCUCUUAUGGGAGCGAGCGGGAGUGCCUCGAUGACCACGAGACAGAGGAGCAGGCUAGAGCUAGGUCGACCCGAGGGGGCCUGCAUCCUUUCCAUGUCCCCGACUGCGCGAACUGGAAUGGCGACUACGGCAGGGGCAACGACGAGAGAAAAAUGGGGACCCGUGCCUGGUGCAGCAAGUACAGACAUGCGCUCUGGCGGGUAGAUUCCUACCGCGAGCCCCUAUCGGGGUACGCCUCCGAGGACGAGUGCCUCAAGGCUCGCCGGCUGCCCUCGGCGGAGCAGCAAGUCGACCCUGACGCGCCCACUCCGCACGCGAAGUCACCCGCCGACGCAAAAGCAACCCCAGCAGCCAGCGGUGUAAAGCUUCCCGACGCAAAAGCAACCCCAGCAGCCAGCGGUGCAAAGCUUCCCUGGAUACCAUCCCGUGGCUGGAAUCCCCAGUGCGUGAGAUAUCGGGUGGUGGACGAGAACAAGUGCGGCAGCGCCUCUUACUGCCGAGCCUUUGACGGAACGGACGCCAUGUCCAAGGAGGACAAGCCCGCGCACCCGAGCGAAGCGGCCUGCCUCGCUGCUCGCCAGACCCCGUUCGAGUAUACGCACAAGAGCACGAGGCACCUCCCGUGGGUGAAGGACCCCUUUGGACCCCCUGAGGUAGACUUAUUGCUGCCGAUAUGCAACCACCUGCCUUUCAAGGAAAGCUUCUGCGGCAGCUGGAAGUUCUGCGUUGCGCAAGACACCCAGGAUGAAUACAGGCAGCGGUUCAAGGCGUAUGUCUCUGCGCAGGCUUGCUUCGACGCGCGUCAGAAGCCAAAGGGUGAAAACUGGAGGUAUUGGUAG